AUGUCAGUAAUCGUAAAAUGUAUACGACCUUAUGGUAAAAAAGAGUUAAAACAGAUAAUUGAGAGUUGCGGUUGCUGCCCACCAAUGGAUCCACAAUGUCCACCAUUAUGCUCUACAUCGUGUCCACCUCAACCAAUUUGUACCUAUACAUGCCCUCCAAUCAAAUUGGAACCAAAUAAUUGUUGCCCAUCUAUGCCAAUCACCAGUAUGCCAUGUCCUUCUGAACCGCCACUUUUACCUUGCGCCCCACGCUCUUUCGUUUGUCCGCCCUGCACAGGUCGUCCAUGUAUUACUUGUGCACCUUUACCUAAACCAGUUCCUGCACCUUUUGAAGUCGGACCUGUUUAUAGAGCACCAGUUACCACUGGUGGAUUAUUCUAUAUGGGAACAAUUAGAUGUUAUCCUUGCUUAUCAUAUGCUUGUUGAAUUAUACCAACUUCUAUCAUAUGUCUGUUAUAUAAUAAAUUCAUAAAGAAAAUAUAUUUAUCACUUAGGUUUAACUUAUUGUUUAAUUUGAAUUUUUUAUUAAUUAUAAAUAUCUGUACACAUUUUAUAUUUAAAUAUAAAACAAAUGUCAUUACAA